CUCUCUCUCUCUCUCUCCUUUCUUUGCAUUUCUUCUACAGAAGUGGAUAGAUAUUAGAAGAUGACAAUAGACCAUCAAAUUUGAUUCUCCUCUGCGUAUGACGCGAUCUGAUGGCUACUACAUCCACCGAUAUCCCCGAACCCCCUUCCCACAGCAAGAGCGCCCACCGUGGCAGCUUCCGCGCCCCCGGCGUCACCGCUGAACCUUGUUUCUUGAUUCCAGAUUUGCUUUCAAACAAGGACGACUUGGUCGUCCAAGAACCCACCGGGUUCUUGGGCCCCGCCCCUCCGUCCUCUGACGCGAGGGACGAGCGGUUGAGCUUCGUGACCGCCAGGAUCAGCGACGCCACCGCCGGGAGCGUCGGGGCCUGCUCCAAGAUCAGUGACGUGGGUGGGUUCUUGGGCGCCGCCCCCCCGUCCUCCUCUGACGCGAGGGACGACCGGUUGAGCUUCGUGACCGCCAGGACCAGUGACGCCACCGCCGCGAGCGUCGGGGCCUGCUCCAAGAUCAGUGACGUCGCCGGCGACGGCAGCCGGAGGAGCCGCGGCUCGAGCAGCGACGGCAAUGCGGAUGAUGAGUGCAGCAGCAGUAGCAGCAGCAGCAACUGUAGCGCAUGGAGCACCUCCUGGAGGAGCAGCAGCGGGUCCGGUGGCGGCCGCGGGAACAAGCCGCACCAGGCGAACGAUGGGCGGUGGGACGCUAUUCGCGCCGUCAGAGAGCGUGAUGGAUAUCUCGGAAUGAACCACUUCAGGUUCUUGGAUAGGCUCGGCAAUGGCGACGUCGGUUGCGUGUACCUCGCGAAGCUGACCGGGACGAGGUUCCUGUUCGCCAUGAAGGUGAUGGACAAGGCAGUGCUUGCGUGGCGGAAAAAGCUGAGCAGAUCGCAGACGGAGAGGGAGAUUCUGCAAUGCCUCGACCACCCGUUCUUGCCGACCCUAUACGCCCACUUCGAGACCAAUAACUUUUCUUGUUUGGUGAUGGAAUUCUGCCCUGGCGGCGACCUCCACAGUCUCCAGCAGCGGCAGCCUGGGAAGUGCUUCACUGAGGAAGCAGCAAGGUUUUACGUGGCUGAAGUUCUCCUUGCUUUGGAGUACCUACACAUGCUUGGGAUAAUUUAUAGAGACCUGAAGCCAGAGAACGUGUUGGUAAGAGAGGAUGGUCACAUAAUGCUCUCUGAUUUCGAUCUCUCUUUAAGGUGUGCCGUCUUCCCCACUCUGGUGAAAUCGACAAAAACUGAUUUGUGUUCCUCGAAGAGUUCUGGAAAAUAUGCUCAACCCUCUUGCGUUGAGCCCACCUGCAUGCAGCACUCAUGCCUGCAGCCCACUUGCUUCUCACCACGUUUCAUAGGACUUGGGAGGCCCAAGGCAAAGAAAGCAAUUCCAAGUGAAGUCGGUGACAGCGGUUCUGUACUCCCUGAGCUCAUUGCGGAGCCAUCUAAUGCCCAUUCGAAGUCCUUUGUUGGAACUCAUGAAUAUUUGGCACCAGAGAUCAUAAAAGGUGAAGGCCACGGAAGUGCCGUGGAUUGGUGGACAUUAGGGAUAUUUUUUUAUGAGCUUUUGUUUGGGAAGACACCAUUCAAAGGGUCUGGAAACCGUGCUACCUUGUUCAAUGUGGUGGCGGAGCCCCUAAAGUUUCCCGAGUCACCCCCAGUCAGCUUUGCAGCGAGAGACCUGAUCAAAGGCUUGCUUGUGAAAGAACCCCAGCAACGAUUUGCAUGUAGGCGUGGUGCCGCUGAGGUAAAGCAGCAUCCUUUUUUCCACAGCAUUAAUUGGGCACUUAUUAGGUGCACUAGCCCGCCCGAGGUGCCAAGGAUAAUCAAGCAUGAGAACUGGACUGAUGGUGAGUUUCCGGUCAUACUCAAUGGGAAUAUGGCAGGAGUCAAUUUGAAACCAUGUGGGCAAUAUCUAGACAUGGAUUUCUUCUAACUUUGGCAGAUCUGUUCUGUCGUCAGUGCACUUUGGCACAAUAUCAAUCUCAACUCGCUGCCUCGUUUGGUCCUAAAGAGAAGUUUUAAGUUUUACAGUGAGGAAUGCAAUACAGUUGUUGUGGUUGCUCUCUUUAGGCAGCGGAUCUCAGUAUGAUGGAAGAUAUGCAAAUCCUGGUUACUCUUUUGUUACCGAGUGCUCCUCGUAAUGACGAAGGCCGAGAAGGGUGAUCCAGGCUUAGUUUUGUAUGCUGAGGCAACAUAGUUGGAAAAGGAAUUGCGGCUCCUGGGAUAAUAGGAGUGGUCACAAGUUUCAACAGAAGUUUGCAGGUUUCUUUUGCUGUUUUACUGUAACUUCCUCAGUGGUUUUUGAUGCCCAUCAUGAGACUGAUGGAAUAUAAGGUGGAGAGCGGCAGAUUAAAAAGAAUGUGGUCUGUCAUCUAAAUUUGGAGGCAAAAAUGGUUGGCAGCUGACAUGAUUAUUUCACUGGUAAAGAAUGCCAGGUUUCAUGGCAAAUAUGUGUGCCUUGGCACAUAAACACAAUUCCCCCUGUCUCAUACUACAUAGGCUAGAUUGAGCAUCAAGGAAGAAUUUAAUAUUGUAAGCAAGGAGUUUACAGGUUUUCUUUUCUUUUCUUUUCUUUUCUUUUCUUUGUUUAAAAUGUUACUCCUAUUCAAUGAUUUUUAUAUUACAUGGGUACGACAGGACUUGCAGUUCA